AUGGCUGAUGAUGACCAGUGGACACUCUCUACAUCCAUUGAGUCCGUAAUGAUCGGGCUGGGAAUUGGAGGAUUCAUCGUUCUUCUAUUCAUGGCUAUAUAUCUAGUUGCCAAGAGCAUUAAACAGCGACGUGGCUCAGGCGCGAAAACACGCGCAGACGAUGAAACGAAUUUGCUUCAAAAUCCGCGCAAUACUCUCCCCGCCUUCGCCAACAUCCCAGCCACUCCAACCGUGACAACCAUGCCUGGGCACGCUAUUUCUGAUAUGGAUCGAGAUAUCAAGUUCCAAAUCGCAAAUUGUCAGCAGCUACAGCGCCCCUGA